UUGCAUUCAUUAUUUCGUUCACUUCUCUCUCUAAAACCCUUUCCCUCUCUACUUUGUGUCGGUGUCAGAUCUCAACCCCCCCUGCUGAAGGUUCCUUAAGAUCCACACAUUCUUUCCACCCAGUGUGGAGGUGGAGGUUCGGUAUUGCGUAUAAAGAACUACAGGCGGGAGGGGGGGUGAGGUGCUCUGUAUUUGCAAGAAUUUUUGGUGCGGGGAGUUGUUGUUGAUGCUGGUUCUGUGGGGAAAGGACAAGAGUUCUAUCAAGGAUCGGAUUUUGUUUUCCAUUGCAGCUGUAAUUUGAAGCGUGCAAGGUCGGAUUGCUCGUUUUCCGUACGCAGAUGGGGGAAUUCUGGCUGAAGAAUUGUUCGAUUGGCCUUUCGUGUGAUUUUUCUUGCACUACUUGAAUUUACAAUUUCAUGUUGGAAUCCGUCACGUUUCAAGCCUGUGGGAGCUUUUCUGUUCUUGCGAUCGGAUUUUCGAGAAUCGUCAAAAAUGCAGGCCGAUCAUCGGAAGAAAAAUUCAACUGAAAUGGAAUUCUUUUCGGAGUAUGGCGAAGCAAGCAGGUAUAGAAUUCAGGAAGUCAUUGGGAAAGGAAGCUAUGGCGUUGUUUGUUCUGCCAUAGACACUUACACGGGCGAGAAAGUGGCAAUAAAGAAAAUACACGAUAUUUUUGAGCACAUUUCAGAUGCUGCUCGAAUUCUAAGAGAGAUAAAGCUUCUUAGGCUUCUGCGACAUCCAGAUAUUGUUGAAAUCAAGCAUAUUAUGAUUCCCCCGUCGAGGAGAGAAUUCAAAGAUAUCUAUGUUGUUUUUGAAUUAAUGGAAUCAGAUCUUCAUCAAGUCAUUAAGGCUAAUGAUGACUUGACUCAGGAGCAUUGCCAUUUUUUCCUAUACCAACUACUUCGCGCGCUGAAAUACAUCCACACAGCUAAUGUUUAUCAUCGAGAUUUGAAGCCGAAAAAUAUCCUGGCAAAUGCAAACUGUAAACUCAAAAUUUGUGAUUUUGGGUUGGCUAGAGUUGCAUUCAACGACACACCUAGCACAGUAUUUUGGACGGAUUACGUGGCUACAAGAUGGUAUAGAGCUCCAGAGUUGUGUGGCUCAUUUUUCUCAAAGUAUACACCAGCAAUUGAUAUAUGGAGUAUUGGCUGCAUUUUUGCCGAGGUUUUGACAGGGAAACCACUUUUUCCUGGGAAGAAUGUCGUGCACCAGCUGGAUUUGAUAACUGAUCUUCUUGGAACUCCUUCAAUGGACACCAUUUCUCGGGUUCGAAAUGACAAGGCUAGGAGAUAUCUUACAAGCAUGAGAAAGAAGCAGCCUGUUCCUUUUUCUCAAAAGUUUCCGAAUGCUGAUCCUUUAGCUCUUCGGUUGUUGGAGCGGCUGCUUGCGUUUGACCCAAAGGACCGUCCUACUGCAGAAGAGGCAUUGGCUGAUCCUUACUUUAAGGGAUUGGCCAGAGUUGAGAGAGAACCAGCUUGUCAGAUGAUUUCCAAGAUGGAAUUUGAAUUUGAGAGGCGAAGGGUUACUAAGGAGGAUAUUAGAGAAUUAAUAUUCCGUGAAGUACUCGAAUACCAUCCCCAGCUGCUGAAGGAUUACGUAAAUGGAAUUGAGCGGACCAGUUUUGUUUAUCCAAGCGCCGUUGAUCAGUUUAAGAAGCAAUUUGCUCAUUUAGAAGAAAAUAUUGGGAAAAAUGGACCUGUAGUUCCACUCGAUAGAAAACAUAUUUCCCUCCCCAGGUCAUCGAUUGUACCUUCUAAUAUAGUACCGCCAAAGGAUCAACCCCUCAUUGCAAAACAUCGAGAACGGCUCAACACCGAAGAAUCAUGCAGCAGAAACUCCCGGACCCAUGACGGACCUCACAAUAGUUUAUCAAGAACGUUGCACCCACCGCAACGGCUCCCUCAAGCUAAACCUGGAAAAGCCAUUGGCGCCGCAUUACCUAACGAGAAUGGAAACAUAGUUAGAGAAUCAUACGAUCCUUGGACACUAGCCCGGAAUGCUGCCCCCCAAACCCAAGCUGUAUCCUCGGCUUACUAUUCUUGCCCGCAGAACCGAGCUGGAAAACCAGAAAAAUCGGUAUCUGACACCCACAGAGACGAGUUCCCACCAUACCAGAUGAAACAAAGACCAAACUGUGGGAUGGCUGCCAAGUUAGCGCCCGACAUUGCGAUAAACAUAGACAGCAGCAAUCCUUUCUAUAUGAGCCGAGCAGAACACGGUUCUAGUGACAGAGUCACGAUUGAUGCCAAUCUUCUGCAGGGUAAGGCUCAAUAUGGGUUUGUUGCAACAGCAAAUGUCGCUCCUCACAGGAAGGUCGGCAGCGUACAAUAUACGAUGGCAAAAAUGUAUUAGAGCCAGUUGGAUUGUCCGAGACUACAGGUAAAUUAAAUCCACCAUUGAAGUACCUUCCAGAAUUGGCAGCCGUGUACAGGAAAGGGAAGGGAUUUCUUCGAAUCUGGACGAACAUACAGCGAGCAUCAUGUCAGGUUCUUUCUAUCGAUCGAUCGCAUUCUUGCUUGUUUUAAAUUGAUAAUAAUAUUACAGCUUCAUAUUGUUUUCGUGGUGUUAUAUAUAUAUAUGUCUGUAUUUCUUGGCACGAUUCGAUGUCUUCCCCUGAAAAUUCACCAUAGAAACUAUCUGGGAAAAUUACAUGAUGUAGAAGAACACUAUAUGGCUCCAUUGUUGAAUAAUGAGUUGUUGAAAUUGAGUGCACUACUAGUGGUAGUAGUAACUGAUUUAUUUCUAACCAUUGCAUGAAAAAAAAAAAAAAAAAUCUAGUGUAAGAGUUAAGUAGCAAAUUUUAUUAUAUUUGUUUAUGACACUAUUUUGUUAUUUAAUUUAAGAUAUCUAUUAAAAGCAAGAUUUGUAUUUGGUUUGUAUUUAACGAAAUGUUUUUUUUUGGCUAAUCUUGUGUAAAAUAUUUGAAGUAGUUGCAUGUGUUCUUCAUUUGUUUUGAGAAUCGUCUAUAAUUGAUCUGUAUAUUUAUUUAUUUAUUGUAUGUAUGAAAAGAUAAUUAUGGAUUAGGAUUAAGAUAAGAAAAAUUAUGAUUGACCAAUAACUCGUGAGUAGUGAUCCAAGUAAAGUUUUGUACUUCCAAUUGGAAUAUCUUUGAAAUAUUAUAGUACAUUUUUUUUUUUUAUCUGUGUGUAUAAUUUAAAUUUUUUAAUAAAAAAUAUUCAUAAACUUUGAAUUCUGUCAACUACUAAUUUAUUAAAUUCGGCCAAAUAAUGAUAUAAGUGCAAUAAUGAAACUUUGAUGCACCAAAUUACCUUGUCAUAAUGUCAGGUGGAUUCGGGUCUCCUCGACCUUACAUAUACACUGAGUUAUUGCAGUCACAAUGAUAUAAAUUUUUUAUAUUUGUCUCCGAUAAUAAAAUUAUAGUAUAAAUAUUUAUGAAUAUAGAAUAUAUAUUUAUGUUUCAAUCCACAAUUUUAUGUAGCUAUGUCACUUUUAUAAUGUAUGAUGUCGAUGGAAUUCUCAAUCAUUGAGGAAUGCAACAAAAAACACAGAUAGAUAAUUAUGGACAAUAACUUAUUAUUAUUAUUAUUAUUAUCAAAACCUUAUACCAGUCAUUUUCUUAAUAUUGUUUAAUUACAUAAUAAAAUUAUCCAACCAUAAUAUCAAAUAUAUAAAUAUAUUAAAUAGUAAAAAAAAAAACUACUAAUAAGCAAUAUAAGACAUAUUUGAAUUCCAUG